GCCCUUUUUUUUCUCCAUUCUCUCAAGGUCUCUGCCGAUUCUAGGGUUUCUUUCAUCGUGUCUCCUCUCCCACGGCGGCAGAAUAAUUAGGAGGCCAAAAUGCCGUCACACAAGACCUUCAGGAUCAAGAAGAAAUUGGCGAAGAAAAUGAGGCAGAACCGACCGAUCCCUCACUGGAUCCGUCUCCGUACUGACAACACCAUCAGGUACAACGCGAAACGCAGGCACUGGCGCCGUACGAAGCUCGGAUUCUGAGCAUCAGGUUCUUUGUUAGAUUUCGCGUUUACGUUCUUGACUUUGUUUUUGAAUUUUCAAAUUGCCAAUGUAGUUUUGGGUUAAUCUCUGAAUUGUUGUGCGUGUUUCUCGGAUUCUGUCGAUUCCUUAUGUCAUAUCCAUUUCCCCCAUC